AUGUCACCGUCUGAAAAGGAACGUAUUCACACGCCAGUGAAGAAUUAUUUACAAGAUAAAGAGCUGGGGAAAUAUGCAACUGGUUUCGUUGAAAAUGGAUAUGAACUCAUGAUGGAUUUAGCUGGAUUACAAGAGGAAGAUCUCAAAGAAGUUGGUGUAGAGGAAGCGGAUACUGAAAAGCUCCUGCAACACAUAAAGAAAAUUCCUCUGGUUAAGAUCAGUGACGACAUUCCAGGAAACGUUAGAGACUGGUUAGUAGAGUACCGUCUUGAAGAAUAUUGGCACAUGUUUGAAUCAAAAGCAUGUACAGAUCCAGAGGCUCUUCAAGAUUUAAAAAUGAAGAGCGAAAGGAACCCGAGGCAAUACUUGAAAGAAAAAUUUGAAAUCGAAAAACCAGGCCAUUUAAAGAGGCUUAUUGAGGCUCUUCACAGUUUACUUCCUUCUCCUGAGAUGAAGAAAAUCAGCUUCACAAGUUGUGAGUUGGACAGAGUUCCUUUUGUCGAAUGGGAAGAUUAUGAUGAAAUGAGGAAGGAAAACAUCUACUGGGAAGGUUUACUUCCAAUAUGCCUUACUCCGGAUGACAAGUCCUAUGAGUCAACCACUUUUGGCCAAAAAAAACUCCGGAACCUUAGGAUGACAGUUCUGUGGGUUUUCGGUGUAAGCAACACUUUGUGGAUAAUACUAGUAUUGACUCUGUUUGUUCAUAGAGACCAGGAGAAUUUAGGUUUAGAUCUCAUCAGUUUUCUUAUUGUCUGUGGAGGCAUAUUCUUGGUGCAGUUUUUAGCCCUCCUGUGCCAUCGCGUCCAGACAUUGGUUUUUUUUUUGUCACGUACACCUUGGACUGGAAAUAAUAGAGAAGAUGAGAAAAAAUAAAAGGAAACAUGGAAAAAUGAUAUUAGAUGGAGGAAAAAUAGGAAAGAGGGUUUUAUAUCCCAUGCUUAAUUUCUUGGUUGUUAUUUAUUUCAAGAAAAUUGACUUAACAAGCUGUGCGGUACAGGAGAAGGUCGUUUCCCAUUAACUUCAAUUGUCAUUGUAUUUAGGCACUGAUUAGCCAUACGCUUGAUAUAAAAAGUCAACUAGCACACAGUAGAUAGUAUUUGUGCUGUAGAUUCAGAAACUUAUUUGCACAAUUGAGGCAGUUUGAGAAUGAAAGUCCAAUAUCAUUUCAUAAAUCCGCAGGUUAAU